AUGAAGUCAAUCAUCAGCCUCGUCACUCUUGCCAGCGCGGUUUCCGCCGUUGUCAUUCCCUUUAAAGCGAACUCUGACCCAUUCUCCCUCUCUAUCGUCUCAACCUUAGCCGAAUAUAACGGUGCUUUCAUUUCCGGCGCCAUCCAAGGCGAAGCAUACACCGCCGCGACUGUCUCCUCAGAAGCCGAUAAGAACUUUUACUUCGAACAACGCCCCGGCGGCGGAAUCCUCUAUCACAAUAUCCCCAUGUUUGGUUCAUCUUUUGGCGGAGAUCUCGAGCUCUCUUUGGCUGCUACAUUCUCUAAGACGAUUCUUCCCGGUCAACAUCUCAAGCCGAUGACCUUCCAACUAAAACACGAUGCAUCCGGGGUCGCGAUUGUUGACACCGCGAUGGGGUUUGAUAGCGAAGGGUAUCUUACUUAUGGAGGGAAGAGAAAUUUGUGGUACAUUUGCACGAAUGGGAGGAAUAAGAUUAGCGGGGAGAAGUAUACUGCGCUUGAGUUGUUGGUUAGAGCUAAGCCUUUUGAUCCUUCUUGUACUAUGGUUGACAUUGUGAGGGUAUUGUGA